AUGUCGGGCCGCGGACGAGGAAGAGGCCGCGGCGGCUUCUCCAAGGGCAACACGCGCUUCACGGGGAAGAAGGGCGGCAACUUUCGUUCCAACAACAACAACAAUGGCGGACCGUCUGGGUCGGGGCAGGGCAAGGCCCCCGAGCGCGCUGAUGACGGCACGGCGCAAAUGGAGCGCUUCGAGGAGGUCAAGAUCUACGAUGCCAUUGAUGAGGCUCUUGGUUUCCCGAGAUUCGAGAGUGGACGCGUCGGCGGAGAGAGCCGCGAAGGCUGGCUCGUCAACAUGCACUCGACAUUGCUGGAGUCCGAUACACAUGCUGGUGGCUUGGCCGCCGUCGACUACUACUUCAUCCAGGACGACGGCUCCAUGUUCAAGGCGACAAUUCCACAUGAGCCCUACUUCUACCUGACGUGUAGAGCAGGAACGGAAACGAUGGUGGAGGAGUGGCUCGUGAAGCGCUUCGAGGGGCUGGUCGUGCGGACAGCGCGCGAGAAGAAGUGGGAUCUUGCCGUGCCGAAUCACCUGCUUUCAGCGCCGCCAGUGCUUCUGAAGCUCUUCUUCCACAACACAGCCGACCUGCAGGCAGUCCGAAGAGAACUGCUGCCGCUCGCGAUCGCGAACGCAUCCAAGUUCACCGCCGUCGACGCUUACGCUGACGUGGUUGGCGCCGAGGCCAACCAGCGCGAAGACGAGGACGCGGAGCAGGCGUGGGGAGAAGACGAGGACGCACGGAAACGGAAAGAACGCGAGCCGUCAGAGUGCAUCGUCGAGAUUCGCGAGCACGACAUCGCGUACCACCUUCGUGUCGCCAUUGACCUGAACAUCCGUGUCGGUCUCUGGUACAGUGUCACGAGCGACAUGGGUCAAGUCAAGUUUGAGCGCGUCACCGACCGUGUUGCGCGUGCCGAGCCGGUUGUUAUGGCCUACGAUAUCGAGACGACGAAGCAGCCGCUCAAGUUCCCGGAUCCGCAGACAGACCAGAUCAUGAUGAUCUCAUACAUGAUCGACGGACAGGGAUAUCUCAUCACGAACCGCGAAAUCGUGUCCGAGGACAUUGACGACUUCGAAUACACACCAAAGCCAGAGUACGAAGGCGACUUUACAGUGUUCAACGAGCCGGAUGAGCCGGCGCUGAUCCGGCGAUGGUUCGAGCACAUCCGCGAGUCCAAGCCGACUGUCAUGGCGACGUACAACGGUGACUCAUUCGAUUUCCCGUUUGUCGACGCGCGUGCCAAAAUCCACGGUAUCAGCAUGUACUCUGAGAUUGGGUUCAAGAUCGACAACGAGGGCGAGUACAAGUGCCGCGCGUGCAUGCACAUGGACUGCUUCCGAUGGGUGAAGCGUGACUCGUACCUCCCCCAGGGAUCGCAAGGUCUCAAGGCCGUCACGACCGCCAAGCUUGGCUACAACCCCGUCGAACUCGACCCGGAACUCAUGACGCCGUACGCCAUCGAGCAGCCGCAGAUCCUCGCGACGUACUCCGUCUCCGACGCCGUUGCCACCUACUACCUCUACAUGAAGGUGUCGUUGUUAUCUAACUCUCAGGUCGAGGCGUACGACGCGCACAUUAUCAUGCCGAAUCGCCACGAGGAUCCACACGGUCAAACGUACGAGGGACACCUGCUCGCGUCAGAGACAUAUGUUGGAGGACACGUCGAAGCGCUCGAGGCAGGCGUGUUCCGCGCCGACAUUCCAACAAAUUUCAGGGUCGUGCCAGAGGCGAUCCAGCAGCUGCUGGACGACCUUGACAACGCGCUCAAGUUUUCGCUCGUUGAGGAAGGGAAUGUCAAGCUCGAGGACGUUGAGAACUAUGACGAGGUCAAGGGCGAGAUCACCAAAAUGCUCGAGACGAUACGCGACGAGCCGAACCGCUUUGACAAGCCGCUCAUCUACCACUUGGAUGUUGCCGCGAUGUACCCCAACAUCAUGUUGAGUAAUCGACUGCAACCAGAUUCCGUGAAAGACGAGGCCGAGUGCGCUGUGUGUGACUACAACCGACCAGACAAGAAGUGCGACCGACGAUUGGAGUGGGCAUGGCGUGGAGAGUACUUCCCAGCAAAGCGUGAUGAGGUCAACAUGGUCCGCUACGCUCUGGACCAGGAGAUGUUCCCGCCAAAGUACCCGAACGGACCGCGACGACGAUUCGUGGAUCUUGCGCAGGCUGAGCAGUCGGCGCUGAUCCACAAGCGUCUCGGCGACUACUCGCGCAAGGUGUACAAGAAGACGCACGAGACCAAGGUCGUCACAAAAACGGCGAUUAUCUGCCAGCGCGAGAACUCGUUCUACAUCGACACAGUGCGUGCGUUCCGUGACCGCCGUUACGAGUACAAGGGCCUCCACAAGACCUGGAAGAAAAACCUGGACAAGGCGUUCGAGAACGGUGGCGCACUGCAGGAGGUCGACGAGGCCAAGAAGAUGAUCGUCCUCUACGACUCGCUCCAACUCGCGCACAAGUGUAUUCUCAACUCUUUCUACGGAUACGUCAUGCGCAAGGGCGCGCGAUGGUACUCGAUGGAGAUGGCCGGCAUCACCUGUCUCACGGGUGCCACCAUCAUUCAGAUGGCGCGCCAGCUUGUCGAGCAGAUCGGACGUCCCCUCGAACUGGACACGGACGGUAUCUGGUGCAUGCUUCCCGGCGUAUUCCCCGAGGACUUCAACUUCAAGUUGAAGGGCGGCAAGAAGUUUGGCAUCUCGUACCCGUGUACCAUGCUGAAUCACCUCGUGCACGAGCGUUUCACGAAUCACCAGUACCACGACCUCGUCGAUAAGGAAAAGGGCGUCUAUGAGGUGCGCAAGGAGAACUCGAUCUUCUUCGAACUCGACGGACCGUACAAAGCGAUGAUUUUGCCGAGUUCCAAAGAGGAGGACAAGCUGCUGAAGAAGCGCUACGCCGUGUUCAACUUUGACGGCUCACUUGCGGAACUGAAGGGUUUCGAGGUGAAGCGUCGCGGAGAGCUGCAGAUGAUCAAGAUUUUCCAGUCCCAGAUCUUCGACAAGUUCUUGCUCGGAUCCACAAUCGAGGAGUGCUACGCCGCCGUCGCGACUGUCGCCGACCAGUGGCUGGAUAUUCUCCAGAGCAAGGGAUCCAGUCUUAGUGACACUGAGCUUGUGGACCUCAUUGCCGAGAACAGGUCCAUGAGCAAGACCCUUGCCGAAUACGCUGGCCAGAAGUCGACCUCGAUCAGUACCGCGCGCCGUCUCGCCGAGUUCUUGGGAGAGCAGAUGGUCAAGGACAAGGGUCUCUCGUGUCGCUUCAUCAUCAGCGCGAAGCCCAACGGCGCGCCCGUCACUGAGCGUGCGGUCCCCGUCGCCAUCUUCGACGCCGACCCGACAGUGAAGCAGCAUUUCCUGCGCAAGUGGCUGAAGGACAACGCGCUGACCGACUUCGACAUGCGCUCCAUACUCGACUGGGGCUACUACACCGAACGUCUAGGCAGCGUCAUUCAGAAGCUAAUUACUAUUCCCGCCGCACUGCAAAAAGUCGCGAACCCUGUUCCUCGUAUUCGGCACCCGGACUGGCUCUUCAAGCGUGUUGCCGCCAAGGAGGACAAGUUCCAGCAGCACAAGCUCACCGACAUGUUCGCCAAGAUGCGCACCAACACGGACAUUGAGGACUUUGGCAAGAAGUCGACCGGUCCCAAGCCCAAGAUCGCGGUCGUCAAGCGACGCAAGGCCAAGUCGCCCGAGAUCGAGGAGAUCGCUCCUAGCCCCGAAGAUGACUAUUCGGGCUACAUCCGCGUCAUGCGUAAGAAGUGGCGCAAGCAGCGCAUCGAGCGCUCGCGGGCUCGCAAGAACGGUGGACCUCGCAUGGACGGCACCGUGUCGUCUAUGAUCCGCACGCAGAGCGUCAACCUCGCUUCGAGACAGUGGGACAUUGUCCAGAUCGCGUGCACGACACGGCCGGGAGAGUUCCGCCUCUGGCUCGCCAUCGACGGCACGUUCCAGAGCGUGCGUCUCCGCGUUCCGCGCGAGUUCUAUCUCAACUUCAAGAACCAGCCGGCAUCUGACACCUUCUCUGACAUGUAUGAGGCAGCCCAAGUCGCUCGUGUCCUUCCCCGUGGUCAGGCGACGCGCAAUCUUUUCAAGAUCGCCGUUGAGGAGAGUCUGUUCGUCGAGGGUGAGAGCCACUUUUCAUCCCUGAUCAACAACCCGGAAGUCGAUGGCGCCUACGAGCUACAGGUGCCGCUGCUCGUCCGCGCUCUUCUCGGUCUCGGAACAGCAUGCGCGCUGAAGUCGUCCAACCUCGGCGGUCUGAACCGCGGUCUCGACAAGGGCUUCGACCUGUCGGAGCUGGAGCGUCCUGGCGCCAGCGUCAUCCGCCACAAGUACCUGAACGAAGGCAAGGGGCUGCGGUACUACUUCCUGUUCCACGCGACCGUGAACUCUCGGCACUUAAUUGCGCUCUUCCCGCCUUCUGGCAACGCCAAAAUCUAUAUCGUAGACGCCGCGCGCAACCGCCAGCAGCUGCCGAACCCGGACAAGUGGUACGCGGACCGCAUCGACAAGGUCGCCGCGGGUGGCGCGUUCAAGUACCCCGAGGAGCUGAACAGCACUGUCAACUACUACCCGACCGAGGCGGGCGCGAUGCGCCAGCUCGCGAAGGACCUGCAGAGCGUCCGCUCCGGCCUGAACGUCAUCGCGCUGUGUUCGCCAUUCGAGCAUGCGUACUACCAGGCUCGCGCCGCGGUGUUCUCGGAGUUCCCCGUCAUCACUAUCAAGCCGUUGAGGGAGGAGGAGCCAAGCCUCAUGUGGCUCGUGAACACGGCGCGCAGGAUGAUCGCACAGUACAUGAAGCUCUCGGCUUGGAUUGCUGGCCAGCUCGAGAUUGCCGCGCACUACGAUGUGCCCGUUGGCAACCUCGGACCCGACCCGCCAAUGCUCCUUUCCGACCUCGAGUUUGCCCGUCGCCUGCAGGCUGCCGACAUGGUGCUCUGGUGGUCGCCGUCUCCGCGCCCCGACCUCGGAGGUUCUGAAGAGGACGCGAAUGGUGGUGAGGAACCGACUCCGCCGCAGAUCAGCACCAAGGGAGUGUACUCCACUGUCGUGCUCGAGAUGGAGAUCGCCGACAUGGCAAUCAACGCUGUGCUGCAGUCUGCCCUCGUCAACGAGAUGGAGGGCUCGGGCUCGGGUUCCAUGGCCUUCGGCUCCGCGUCGCACACCCUCGACGAGUAUGCGCAGGGCACAGCGAACGCCAGCGUCAUGCUCGGAGACGCCACGCUCAGCAUCCAAACCUUCACGGUUCUCAAGUCGAUGGUGCGCAGUUGGUUCGUCGACAAAGCCCGCGCCCACGUCCGCGGUGUGUACGACGCGCCUUCCAAUCUGGUUGUCGACCAAUUCUGGCGCUGGAUCUCCUCAGCGUCGAGCUGCAUGUUCGAGCCGGCCCUGUAUCGCUUCCUGAUGGGACUCAUGCGCAAGACGCUCCUGCAGCUGCUGGCCGAGUUCAAGCGUCUCGGUACCAAGGUCGUGUAUGCGGACCUGAACCGCGUGUUCCUCCUGACCUCGAAGCCGGACGCGAGCUCCGCCUUUGCGUUCGCCAAGUAUCUUGUGACGGCAGCCAACUCGCACGACCUGUUCCGGCACGUUGUCAUCGACGUGACACAGUUCUGGAACUACCUCGCGUGGAUGGACGUCGCGAACUAUGGCGGCGUCAAGAUCGCGCCCUCUGUCGCGGGAUCGCAGGAGACUCAGGAAGGCAUGUUCGACAUCAGCAUGGACUGGAACAUCCAGGCAUUCCUGCCCCCGAUGCUGCAGCCCAAGUUUGAGCGCCGCGUCGCCGACUUCAUCUACGAGCUGUACACAGCCAAGAAGAGCGCGACGGACGGGCGAGGCCCCCUCCGCCCCAUGUUCGACCUGAACGUGGACACGAGCGGAGCUGUCGAUCCGGCGAAGGAGAAGGCGGAGAAGGCAGCUGCGAAGGCCAUCUCGACCACGCUGACGCGCCACCUGCUCGAGGACGUGACCAAGAUCAAGAAGCGACACGCGCAGGCGCAAGCGAAUGGAGACGAGGACGAGACCAUGGCGUUCCCGCACCUCCCUGGAGCGCGGAAUGUGAAGGAGACGAAUGCGGCCCUGGCUUUCAUCAAGGCAGUGUGUGAGGUGUACUCUCUCGCGUCAGACCUGAGCGUCAGCGUACAAGUCCUUCGUCGCAACCUUCUCGACCUCGUCGGCGUGCGCGAGUUCAGCUCCGACGCGCAGUUCCGCAACCCGGGCGAAUCCCUCGUCGUGCCCAUGGUGUCGUGUGUGCGCUGCAACGCCAUCCGCGACGUAGACCUGGGCCGCGAUCCCGACUGUCUCCCCUCGGUAACGGAGAGGGGCCACAUUGAGCCCGCCCCAUGCAAGUUCUGGACGUGCCACAAGUGCGGCGCAGGCUAUGAGCGGGACGCGAUCGAGUUCCCGCUCAUCGAGCAUGUGAACCGCCUCAUCACGCGCUGGCAGACCCAGGACGUCGUGUGCCUCAAGUGCGGCCAGAUCAAGGAGGACAAUCUCGCGCAGACGUGUCGGUGCGGAGGCAGCUUCAAGCCCAGCCUGCACCGGGGCGACAUCACGGCCAAACUCAACAUGCUCAGGAGCGUUAGCGAGUAUCAUAAUCUCGAGCUGACGAAGGAGUACGUCGGCGCCGUGCUCGCAAGGUGGUAG